UUUUCAACUCAAAAAACAAAAAAACCAUCCUCUCAACUUCCUCUCAAAUCAAAAUUCUCUAAAAUCCAUUACAAAAUCUCAAGCAAUAAUCGGAGCCGAUUUAUGUCGGAAUUGACGAAAGAUAAAAGACGGGGACCUCCGAAAGAAGGACCCGGUAAUGGUGGCAGUGGAAAGAGUAAGCCUAUUAUAGCUGAAGCUGAUUUUGAGGAGUCGGGACAGCGAAAUGUUCGAAAGCGUGGUGUGAGUGCCUCAGUCCGACGACACAAGAAGGGGGCUCCUGCUAUUGAGGGAGCUAGUGAGACGCCAGUCGAUGAUCAGAUACAGGAUGAUCGGAUGGAGGAUGAUGACAUGGAAGACCGCCGGAUAGACGAUGCUGAUUUUGAGACUUCUGAGGACGAGAGUUUAGGACCAAUCGUGAACAUUCGACGGAGAAAGGGGAAAGAUGGACGGUUUGUUGCUGAAACGUCAUCAGUGACGAGUAGAAGAGCCAGGACUGAAAUACCUGCUUGGACUGUUAGUGAUCCAGUGCCAUGUGGACCUGAGGACGGGAGUAUUAUUCCCAGUUUCCUUGGACAUGUCGCUUAUGGAAUAUGGACAGGGAAGGAGGAGCGAGGCACUCUGAAGUGUCAGAGUAGACAUGCAAUUUGUAAGAGGCUGUCAGCAUGGCAUCAUGACGCCUCAGACGAGGUCAAAUACCUGAUAGCCGAGAUUGGUUUGGGGCAUCUCCCUGAUAUUAUGUUCAGUCACUUGGAUAUUCCGCUCCUUUCUGCAUUUGUGGAGCGAUGACAGCCUGAUACUAACUCUUUUCA